AUCCUCUAAUCCAAAACGUCAUCGUUUUAUCUUCUAAACCCUAAACUCAAACUUCCAAUUAAAACGCUUCCCCUCACCUCUCCAUUUUCAUUAGAAACUUUCUGCUUUCGAAAACGCUAGUGAAACGAUGCCGUACUACUCGAGGCCAGGCGAAGAUGACGUCGACGAAUUCGACGAGUUCGAUCCGACACCUUACGGUGGUGGAUACAAUCUCGAAUCAACCUACGGGCGCCCAUUGGAACCGUCCGAGGAGACUUGCUAUCCUUCAUCCACACCGUCUGAUGGAGACUUUGAUUACGACCGUCCCCAUUUCUCUUCCGGUUCCGAGCUCUGUGCUUACGCCGAAGAGUCUCUCCAAACUGAAUACAGCAGUUAUGGCCGACCUAAGCCCCGACCUGGACGACCCGGACCUGGACCCGCUUAUGGUGGUGGACCUGGUGGGUAUGGGGCUCAAGAUGAGCCUGGUUAUGGGAGGCCUGAAUAUGGACAAUCCGAAUCGGGUUAUGGACGGAAGCCGGAGUUUGAACGACCCGGAUCGGAAUUUGAAUCUGGAUAUGGCCGAAAACCUGAAUUUGAGCGGCCGCCUCCUCCGGAGUUUGGAUCUGGGUAUGGCCGGAGACCCGAAUACGAACAGCCACAUCCACCGGAAUUCGGAUCUGAUUAUGGACGGAGACCAGAAUUUGAGCAGCCUCCGCCGCCUGAAUUUGGAUCUGGGUAUGGCCGGAGACCCGAGUAUGGGGAAGACGGAUCCGACUAUGGAACUGGAUAUGGCAGGAAACCCGAGUAUGGGGAACACGGAUCAGAGUACGGAACUGGAUAUGGCAGGAAACCCGAGUACGGGAAACAUGGAUCUGAGUACGGAACUGGAUAUGGCGGGAAACCUGAGUAUGGAGAACAGGAAUCCGAGUACGGAACUGAAUAUGGCAGAAAACAAGAGUAUGGAGAAUAUGGAUCCGAAUAUGGGAGGAAACCCGGGUAUGGGGAGUCCAAAUCUGAAUACGGGACUGGGUAUGGACGGAAGGCAGAGUAUGAGGGAGGUGGGUCUGGACAUGGACGAAAGAAUGAGGACGAAUAUGGGUCGGGUUAUGGAGAUAGGACGGAGACCGGAUAUGGGUCCGGGUAUGGGACGAAGCAGAGCUAUGGCAGUGAGGGGUAUGGAGAGGAGAGGAGUGAGUAUGAGAGGAAACCUAGUUAUGGGAGAUCGCAGGAAGAGGAAGGAGGGUAUAGGAAUCCCACUUAUGGCGGUGAAGAAGGCUAUGGCCGCAAGAAAUAUGGGGAUGACAACCCUGAUGAUGAUGAUGAGGAGAAGAAGCAUCACCGCUUUAGGCACCACCAUCACAGGCGCCAUGAUGAUGAUGAUGAGUAAUCAAACUGGUGGUCACUCUGUAAAUGGAGUUCAUGCCAUCAUAGCUACUAAAUAAAAGGUUGAGGCAUGCCUCCUUUAAUGGUAUCUACUUACUAUCGUUUCUGAGUGCUUCGUGUAUGUGUGUGUGUGUGAAUAAAAUCCCCAAAUAUUUGGGUUAGAGUGGUUGCGCACUUGUGCUUGCUUAUUUUCAAGCUUGAUGAUGAUAAUAUAUGCCAUGAUGUGCUUGCGUGUUAUAUCAACCUGAUGAUGAUAAUGUAAUGCUAUGCUAUGCGUAGGCUUGCCUUUGGAAAUUUUUUCUUUACAAAUUA